AUGAAAAGCCAAUAAAAAUGGCAUGUGAUUUAUUCUAUGUAAAGCAGAUAGUUGCUCAUAACAGAAGCUUUGACUAUGCUUUACUCGAGCUUGAUAUAUCCCAGGAGCACCCUCCACUCCCCCCAGCACUGAUUGAUAUAAUUGCCGUUCCUCAGACAAGUGGAGGGAUUUGUAUCAUUGGUCACCCAGAAGGUAGAGUAAAGUCAGUUGAUCUGUGUUCCAUUAUAAAGCCUGAGAACUGUGAAGCCAAAGCACAAGAGCACAUUGCCUGCCAUUCUGAAACACUAGAUAAAAUCGAAAAUGAAAGAUUUUAUCAGGCACUUAGCGUCUACUCUUUUGACGUGCUGCAAGACAGAAAGCGAUUGUGUUACAACACCUGUUUUUACCAUGGCUCUUCUGGGUCUCCGGUCUUCAAUGCCCAACAUCGGCUGGUAGCCAUGCAACAGGGAGGGCAUGCAUACCCACUGGUCUCGGGAAAGACACAGAGUGUGAUCGAGUAUGGCAUCCACAUGACGGCUAUUCUUCAAAGCAUGCUGCAGCACAAAAUAGCUACCCUCUUGCUAAGGAAAAUGUGCAGAAUCUCUCUUGAGAAACCAGAGUUCAGAUCUGUUCUGAAGCCACUGGUAGAAUAUGCAUGCCGUCAAUCAAGGACAAGUACAAUCUUAAAAUGCUGCUUGAAAUCUGAUCCGCAAUGCUACGUGCUACUGGAGUCUCUGUCCAACAAAAGCAGUGAACUGGGUGCCCUGCUUACUGAAUGCAAGAAGAAUACAGAAAAACAGACUGAUCUGCCAUGAGUGUAGCCUUGGGGGUGUUGAAAUUGAUCUUGUGGCAUACAGGAUCACUCCUUUCAUUUGUGAAGCCAACAUCUAGCAUUUCUGCUUCCUAUAACGCUGUCCUAUGAUGGUCUGCCUAUGUUCAUAUCCAUUUUACUGGUAAAGCAUUUUAACCAUCCCCUCCCUUUCAAUUUUUCAAUAUCCUAAUAUGUGAUGUAACUUUUCAAAUUGGGAAAAAACAUUUUUUAUACUGAACAAAAAUAUAAAUGCAACAUGCAACAAUUUCAAAGAUUUUACUGAGUUACAGUUCAUUUAAGGAAUUUAGUCAAUUUAAAUAAAUUCAUUAGGCCCUAAUCUAAUCUAAUCUAAUCAAUGCGUAUGGAAAAUUUCUGGGAUCUUUUAUUUCAGCUCAUGAAACAUGGGACCAACACUUUACAUGUUGCAUUUAUAUUUUUGUUCAGUGUAUAUAGAUUAUAUAUAUAUAUAUAUAUGUAUAUGUAAUAAUGUACACUGAUUGAAUGGGCAUGUCUCUCAGCUCUUUUGCUGUACCCCCUUUUUAGUGACUGGUGCAACAUGUACAACUGUGCUUUUACAAUUUUUACAUGAAUUUUAAAGAAAUAUGAAUUUUUUUCUAAUAAAGUUUUUAUAAUUUGACAAAAA